UCAGGUGUCGCAGCUGCGGGAUUGUCCCAGAAUAGGUCCUUUGACCUGCUGUGCAUGAGGCUAAUCCAUAGAGCCAAGGUGCUUGAUUUAUUUGCAGUUCUGAGCAGGAAGAAGGGCUAGGUAGUAAAUCCGCAAAGCCAGAGUGACGACUAUCAAAACUUCUCACUAUUUAUACGUGUUAGCAAACAUAGACGUUAAUGUUCACUGGCUACAAGUUUGCAUAGUUAUCUUACUAAUGAGUAUUCAAUCUUUUAUUGGUUAAAUUAUUCCCAUGCUUCUCAUGCUAAGUAGCCUGUGUGUUUGGUCUUUUGCUUCUUUCAGGUGGGUUGUUUUCUUGAGUAGGUGGUCUGUGAGUUGCUGGUCAUGAUUUUACCCUGCCGGAAUUACCUUUUACCCACUUGAAAGUGAUUUCAGCACAGUUGCUGAGCUGGCUUUAUUAGUUUCUUCCUUGUCGGAGUUUUGCCCGAUGUCCUUGUGGCCUGUGAAUUGUGCCUUCUUUACAUCCACCAUCAGUGGUACAUCCUCCUUCCCAAGCUUUGUUAACCUCCCCUUAGGUCUGAGAUUCUUGAAGCAUGUCAAGUUCUAAGCCUUAACAAGGCAGUUCUACAGACAAGUAAUUUAUCUUUCUAGCACCUGGAUAUCAGGUUGGGGACAGGUUUCUUUCGAGUGUACAGCUCCUUUAGCCAGCUGGAGAGGAAGCACAAAUGCUAUGGUUUGUACCUGAGCACAUCAGUCACGUUCAGGCCAUUAGGUUUGAUGCUCAUCUCAGCGUUAAUUUGUACUUGCCAUUUCUCUGUAGCCUUCUGUCUCUCUGUGGCACGGUACAGUGCAAUUUUCAGCUGUAAUUUCUGUGCUGUGCAGGGACAGACUGUGCUGUGCUGCGAGCAGCUCUCAACUGGAGAGCUUGUUCUGCCAAAGUUAGUAAGGGUUUAGCAGGCUUUUGGGGGGGGCUGAAUGUGUUUCUGUGGCUAUUUCUGCCCUUCACAUCAAGGAAAGCCUCACAGAUUCUGUUUUAUUUUUCUUGUGUUGAAAUAACUCGAAGUAUGGGCUCAAAAGUAUUGACCAUAAAAUGAUUUGCCAAAACAAAUAUGCCUAUUGAAGGCUGCCUGUUUGGAAGCCCUGGCUGUGAAAGGCCACUGCUGGAUCAGUGUCCCAUGUUCGUGGGGCUGGAAAGCCCCUGGGGCUGUGUGGGAAUGGCCAGGAGUAUCCUAACCCCAGUUAAUAGAUGGAGCUGUGGUGGGCUGCUGGCAUUUGCAGCUUCUUCCCAUGUUUUAAAUUUAGUUUCUGGGGGUGGUAGUUCUGAGGAACUUUUUGCCACUGACGCAAAAAUUACGCACCAAAAUUCUUAAUAUUUUAAACAGCAACUAGGGAUGUCUGUCAGAAGUUGGUGAGAGGAGGUGGUUUAUGCUGGCUGGGUUGGCAUGCUGAGCUAAAGGCUUGCAGUACGUUCUGAUUGCUGUGUCCUAAUGGCUUUUGGCUGUAAUAAACAUCAAUAUGCUGUGAAGGAUGAUUCUUCACCUAGAGAGAUUAACACAAACAUUUCCUCGAAGUGUAAUUGCUGUUGCACUUUAGAAGGAACAGCAGCUUUCACAGCUGACCAGUUUUGAAUACUAUUCAUGCACAUUUGAGGCCAGGCUAAUGUAGCCAAAGAGCUAAUUUGAAGAGAUGCUUCAUUGUGUGCGUUUCUUUUUCACAGCUCUGAUGACAAGUCAGAGAGGAUCAACAAAAGCAGAUGGAAGGAGGUGGCUCUUGUUGCUUUGGGGAGCAGCCUACUGGAGUGAAAGAUUAGAAGAUAAGCACAUGAACACAAACCACAACGAAUUGCAUUGGGCCAAACACAAAAAAACCGCUAUGUGCCAGAGUGUGUCAAAACUGAAUUUGAGAGAAGUUUGAAAAAAUUACACUUUUUAAGCAUUCCAGUUUCAUUCUGCUUACUUGAUACUGAGAGUUCUUUUUUUCCCAAGUGCAGUACGGAGUUCCAAGAGCAACAGACAGAUAGCAUAUAACAUCAUCAUGUACCAGCACAGGCUUGCCUGAUAGAGGUGUAGGACUCUGUGAGAACAUUUGUGGGGCAAAAAAAAGAGACUAUGCCACAUCUUGUGUGACACGUCAGAGAGCAUUCAAAAGUGACUGUAAUGAGAUCAGUGUGGGAUUCUUUUGACUCAGCAGACUAAUCCUGUAUCAUAUUUAGUACUUACAAAUCCAAGAUUUUCAUGCCAGCUGACAGUAGGCCAGAAAUGAUAAUUCACAGUUUCUGAGUUGCUGCAACAAUGUCUUGAGGGGAAGCACCAGAAUGAAAGACAUGGACAAUAUCAAAACUGUAAAGAAAGAAUGGGUGUGUAAAUCAGGGACCGAUGAUCAGAUUUUGAACGGUACAGAACAAAACUGUGACUACUUUGUAGAUAACCUAUUUGAAGAAGCUCAGAAGGUUGGUGCUAUGUGUGUGCCCCCAACUACAGUCAAGAACCAGGUUGAUGUAAUCAUUAAACUUUGGAAAAAUGGGUUUACGGUAAAUGAUGGUGAACUUCGGAGCUACACUGAUGUUGCAAACCAGCAGUUUUUGGAGUCCAUUAAAAAGGGGGAACUGCCUUUUGAGCUGCAAAAAGUUUUUGAUAAGGAGGAGGUAGAAGUGAAAGUGGAAGACAAAAAAGACAAGGUGUAUUUGUCAUCGAAAAAGCCAGUGUUUCAUCCCUUUUCUGGACAUGGUUAUAGAUUAGGAAGUGCUACUCCAAAGAUAAUCUCUAAAGUGGGAGAUGGUCAUCCAGGACCUGAUGAUAAAAGACACCUGCCUUUAGUACCCUUGAAUGAUUUGGAGCCUAUCACCAAUGUCCAGAUCUGGUUAGCUGAUGGGGAAAGGAUAAUUCAGAAAUUCAAUGUUUCUCACAGAAUCAGCCAUGUCAGAGACUUCAUAACAAAGUAUCAAGGAUCUGAGGGAAGUGUUCCCUUCACACUGACGACCUCCCUGCCUUUCCGAGAGCUGCGUGAUGAGACUCUCACACUUGAGGAAGCAAAGUUGCAAAAUGCUGUUGUUGUUCAGAGACUUCGGAAAACAGCUGAACCUUUCAGACUCUUAGUGAUAGAAGCACCUGACAAUGACUACAAAACUGCUGCUACACCUAAUGGACAACUCAGUAAUGAGCAAAAAAAUGCUGUCAAUAGUACAAGACCAAAUUAGCUUUUAACUGACCAAAAAUUAUCUGCAGGGUGAACUAGGCAAAACCAAAAACGUAACCAGCAAUAUGUGGAUGCCCUAACAUCCUCAUGCACUGUGCUCUUAGAGAGCAGAAUGGGUGCUGUGCUGUUGUGUGCUAUAAUUGAGGUAUUUUCAGCUAGAUUGGGUGGACAGAGCCUGGCUAUAUAAUAUAGCAGAGGUAACUGUACAGCAGAUUAUCCUUAGAAUUUCCUUAGGUAAAAAGCUUCUUAGUUAUUUAAUAACUGGGUCUAAGUGGAACAGUUCUCUGAGAUUUAACUACUGAUAGCACCUUUUAAGGAAAAAUAGUAUUUAUUUUUGCACUUUGGACUAAAGUGAAAUUUCACUUACAUUGUAGUGUAAACUGCUGCAGUUUGCAUUCUUCUCACAGUAGCUCUUCAACAGCCAGUACUGCAGGCAGGCUCACAUUUGAACUCUAACUUGAAAAUCUUCAGGAUGUAACUUUUAUCACGAGAUCUGCAGUGUAAUAAUGUUCUGUCAAGUCUUCACAUGGUGGUAGGUGCAUGUGUGAGAAGAUACAAAUGAGGUAGUCUGGUGCAUACUGCAUAUGAAGUGCCUCAAAGUAAGCUCUGAAGGAAUUGUUCUUAUCAAUGGUUGAAGUGGUUUCUGCUUCUUUUGGGCUGCUACAGGUGUCUUGCAGAUCAGGUGAUAUUAAACUACCUAGCUCAUUAGCAUAGGGACCCACUUGUAGCUUUGUCACAAGAGGGACACAGUUGUUUUUAUAUUUUUUAUCUGCCUCUGUCCUGAACUGCCCAUCUGAUGGAGGCACGAAUUGCAUGUGGUCAAGUUUCAAAGAUAUUAAAAAUCCUUACUUGAAAACGGAAGUUUUUCUCUCCACUUUGCUUCAUUUACAUCCAAAUCUUUUAUUUUGCUAUUCAUGUACUCAAGGCAUAAAGUUUGUAGCCAACUAUUCUGCAUUUUGCUAAAAGAGAAAACAACAUAAAGACUUAAUUUUGUACUGUGUUUA